CGAGCAUUCUGGCGGGCAUGGCGGCGGGGGCCGUGCUGUAGUGGUCACGGGGGCGCAGGGGGCAGGGGCGCGCCAGGUCACAGACGAGCAGUCGCAGGACGGUCUGCAGGAUGAAGGUGUGGGCGAGAUCAGCUCGGCCCUGGCAGGUGGCCCUGCUCGUCGCCGUGGUGAUGCUCUGCGCGGACCCUGUGUCCGCCGGCAACCGUAACCAUCGGGGACAGACAGUGGCCUACCAGGUGAAGCAGGGGACGUGCGAGGUGGUGGCCAUCCAUCGCUGCUGUAACAAGAACAAGAUUGAGGAGCGCUCACAGACGGUCAAGUGCUCCUGUUUCCCGGGCCAGGUGGCCGGCACAACCCGGACCAGGCCCUCCUGUGUGGAAGCCUCCAUCGUGAUCCAGAAGUGGUGGUGUCAGAUGCAUCCCUGCAUGGAUGGGGAGGAGUGCAAGGUCCUGCCCGACCUGACCGGCUGGUCAUGCAGCACCGGCAACAAGGUCAAGACCACCAAGGUCACGCGAUAGCAAGAGAGGCUCCGAAGGUGCAGAGCAGCUGUUCAGGAGGAGAGACGACACAAACAUAUCUAAUGGAAUGGAAGCUGACCGAUCAUCACCAAACUCAACGGAAGCGUGUGGACACCCGAUGGAUGAAAGACACCGGGCCGCUUGUUUUGGACCGACGGACCACUGGGACGGACGACCAGACCAGUUAUUUGAUGCAGAAAAACGAAAAACGACGCUUUGAUCUGACAAUGAUCCCCAAAAAAUUAACUGAGGGACAAAACUGUGGACUAAGGAGAACAAAGAGGGAUAUCAAAACACUGGAUUUAGCAUUUUUUAAAAGUCUAUUUCAAGAGAGAAUUUAUCCAUAGAUGAGCGAUAGAUGAAACAAUAGAACAAAGGGACAAAGAAACAACAGCGUUGAUAGUUCUCCCUGGACGUGGUCCAGUCCAGCCCCUUAUCCAUAAGAAAGGCUUAGCGCUGCAUUGAGGACAGUGUUCCUCACGACCGGCCCGGGAGAUGGGCCGGAGCGCGUAGCUCAUAUCCGGUGAAUAACUACUGAACGGCAAAUUAGCGUCCAAUUGCUCUUUUGGGUCAAGCCCCUUUCACACAGAGUGCUCCGCAACGGUCAUUUUACAGUUCUAAUUGGUACUGCGAGCGUAGGAUCAUAACAGCGUAUUAAAUAUUCAUGUAAGAUAUUUGGACUAGUUUGAAACCGUUUUGGGAAUGUGUUGUUUUCUUGAUAUUGCCGUCUGUUGCCGAAAGGGAAGAUCAGAACAGGAUUAUGUUUCUUUAUGUUUCCUUUUAAACGCUGCCCGCUGUAGGAGUAGAAAUAUAUGAUGUAUAUCACGCCCCUAUUAUUCCCCCGUAGGCUUGGAUGAAUAAAGUGUGGCUUGGAGAAGGAGGCCACGGCCAUAUGCAGCUAUACUACAUGACCAUAAAACUAGGAAAUCUAUGACUACAAAAAUCUGUUCCUCUGUCUGAUUCAUUCGUUUUUUCGCCAGAUAUUUGCAAGGUAUUCCUGAAGAGGUUCUAUAUCUUUUAUCUGGUAUACUCUGGAUGUGAUAUCAUUUGUGUUCACCUUUUAGAAGGCUUAUAAAACGCUGAAACCAUGGGGGACGA